GGGAAAGGUCGGGUGGUGAUUGCAGGGUCAGUAAACAAUGAUUUCGGGCCUUGGAAAAUUAACGACCGUCCGUCAGGUGGGAUGGGGCCCACGGGUCGAGAGAGCGGGCGUGGGUGGCCCAUUAGCCGUGGACGGAUCGGGGCGUUAUAAGUUUGUUCCUAAGAAGAAACACCGAUGAGGAUAGAUAUUCGUAUCCAACUUUUUCAUUUGACUUGCUCAGAUGUCAAGUCUUUGAGUUAGCUCAAGAACAUGUGGCUUGUUACAGCGAAUGGUCCGAACCAUGCGAGGGGAAAGUGGAAAGACGCAUUGGCUUUAUGAGUUUAAACGCAGAGAACAACGAGUUUAUGGUUCUAGGGCGUCUCCCAUUCAAGGGUCCCGCUGUGUAUAGGUCAAUCGAUGGGCGUUGGACUGAGCUCCAGAUAACACAACCCGUUUCCUUUGAAGGGAUAGUUUCAUAUAAAAGCAAGUUUUACGCCAUAGAUCUCACCGGCAGAACAAUAGUUGUAGAGCCAACUCUACAAUUGCAUACGUUUCAGCGGUCUAGACCGUCUUAUAAGACAAGGAAACGCUGGCUUCUAAACUCAGGGGAUAAGGUCCUUCUCGUAGAGAUGUGCACAGAGAGACGAGCCGAUUUUUUCAUACCAAAUAUCCGUGAGAAGAAGAUAUGGUUCGAAGUUUCAGAGUUAGACGUGGAGAGAAACGACUGGAAUCAAGUGGAAGAUGUGGAUGAUCGUGUGCUGUUCUUGGAGCAAUAUUGCUCCUUCUCGUGCUUGGCUACUGAGAUUCAGGGGUUUAGAGCCAACUCUAUAAUCUUUUCGGACCUGUGGGGCGGAACUAAUUUGAAUGAACAUGAAAGCAUUCUCGUGUAUGAGUUCAACGAGCAAGGCGUUAGGUCUGUAGAAGACAUUCCCGAGUAUGUUGAGCUGUUUCCAUCUCCCCCUGGUUGGGUUAUCUCGAACGCAUGAUCUUAUCACAUUCAUGAACAUGAAUAUCAUUAUUUUUUCUUGUAUAACAAAAGCUUGUGCUGCUAUUUAAGCUUUUGAUUUUUUUUUGUUAAACUGUAAAUAUUAUAAAUAAAAUGUUUAGAGUUACAAAAACCUAUUAUAGUGGAAAAAAAUCUAUUAUAGUGGCAAAAUAAAUAAACAAGAACAAUACUUAGGUUCACCCCUAUGGUGAAUGGUUAAAUUCACCUCACCAUUUAUAACCAACCAAAAUACUAUGUAUGAUUAAUUAAUAAAGGUAAUAAAAUUAAAAAAUAAAUGAUUCAGAAAAACAAUACCAAUAUUAAAACCGUCCGUAAAACCCAAAACUCUAAAAAUUAAAAUAUAAACCCUAAACUUUAAACCCCAAAUCAUAAACCCUAAACCCCAAAUCCUAAACCCUAAACCCAAUACCUUAAAUCCUAAAUUCUAAACCCAAAAUCCUAAACCCUAAACUCUAAAUCCUAAACCCUAAACCCAAAACUCUAACCCUAAAUCCUAAAUCCUAAACCCUAAAUCCAAAACACAACCCUAAAUUAAUCCCUAAACUCAUUACUUGAUCAGGGUUCGGGUUUAUGGUUUAGAGUUUUGGGUUUAGGGUUUAGAAUUUAAGGUUUAGAGUUUAGGGUUUAUGGUUUAGGGUUUUGGGUUUAGAAUUAAGAAUUUUAGGUUUAGAGUUUACGAUUUAGGGUUUAUGGUUUAGAGGUUUGGGUUUUAGGUUUAGAAAUUUGGGUUUAGAAUUUAAGAUUUGAAGUUUAGGAUUUGAGGUUUAGGGUUUAGAUAUUAGAUUUUUAGAAUUUCGUUAACCCUAAACUCUAAAUCCUAAACCCUAAACCCAAAACUCUAACCCUAAAUCCUAAAUCCUAAACCCUAAACCCAAAACACAACCCUAAAUUAAUCCCUAAACUCAUUACUUGAUCAGGGUUCGGGUUUAUGGUUUAGAGUUUUGGGUUUAGGGUUUAGAAUUUAAGGUUUAGAGUUUAGGGUUUAUGGUUUAGGGUUUUGGGUUUAGAAUUAAGAAUUUUAGGUUUAGAGUUUAGGAUUUAGGGUUUAUGGUUUAGAGGUUUGGGUUUUAGGUUUAGAAAUUUGGGUUUAUAAUUUAAGAUUUGAAGUUUAGGAUUUGAGGUUUAGGGUUUAGAUAUUAAAUUUUUAGAAUUUCGUUUCGUAGACGGCGUUAACGUUGGUGUUUUGUUUUCAGCAAUUUUUUUUUAAUUUUAUUGCCUUUUUAACUAAUCCUACGUGGCAAUUUGGUUGGUUAUAAAAGGUGAGGUGAAUUUACCCAUUCACCAUAGGGGUGAAUCCAAGUAUUGUUCAAUAAACAAGUAUACACACAAGUUGAUUUGAGUUACACUGUCAUCGAAUCCAAAAUUGCAUAAGAGAGUUCUCCUAUUGCGUCUCGCACUUAUUGUGUUGGGGAUGUCCCUGUCGAUAAUGCUGAGGGUUAUCUGCAGUGGGGUGAAUCCGGUGAGAUGCACUGCUGAGUAGCUAGCUUUUUUGAUAUAUUAUUUCAUAUUGUUAUGGACAAAAGAUAAGUUAUUCCCUUGUAAUCAGCAAGGCUUUAGUUCCAACGUUAUAUAUAGAACAAGAUAUUUGCAUCUGCCAUCAUGUCACAUUUCAACACCUAAAACAAUAUGGUUGUAUAAGAAAUUAUGUGGAUCGACUAGAUAUCUCCUGACAUGGCAUUGAAUUUGACUUUGUAAUAUUGUAUCAUGUCUCUAUCGGUAAUUUGGCAUGGACUUGCGAUUCACUAAUAAUUCUUAACUUUCUAAAUUUUGUUAAUACAUUUUGCUUAUAUCAUAUAUAAAUGGUAAACUUAUCAACUACAACGUAGAAUUCUCCCUAUAUUUGUUGCUAUACUAUGGAAUAAUAUGUCAUCAGAUAAAAUUGUGUGCUAUCGUAUAAAGUAAGCACGUGACAGUCGAAGUUGUACCAUAAAAUUGAUGAACAUAUAUGUGGGCAAGUGGCAACAUAUUAUAAGAUAAGAAAAAUAGAACGAUCAUAUUCAUGAAGUCUUCUUGCACAACUUGAAACUUAUAUCUAAUCUAUUAAUUUAGAAUUCUAUUUUUUAUCUAUUUAAAAAAUUGUCAUUUAAAUUUAGACUUAUUCACGGCCUAUUAAAAAAAAAUAACAUUCCUAAUUAUUUAGUUAUACAAUAUAACUUUCAAAUUACAUUCAAAUUUUUAUUGGGUUCUUAACAUUGUUAUUUAAACCAAACCAAAAAUUAAAAUAACAAAAUUCAAAUUCAUAAAUAACUGAACAAUUAGUAUAUUUCUUAAACCGAUAACAAAAGCCCAUAAAUGAACCAAAAUCAAACCAAAAAUCAAAAAUACAAUCUUGACACGAACUAAAAUUUAUAAAAUAUCAUCAGAUCAUAAAAUUUUAAUUUAAAACAUAAAUUAUAAAUAAAAAAUAAUUAUGUGCAGCCGCACGGAUCAGAAUCUAGUUACUCUAUAAUCAUAAUUUGUUUUAACGAUUGAUAUCAACUCGAAGGCAGGUGGAAGUAUUAUCCCUUAUAUACUAAAGCGCAAGUCGCAUAGCGAAUCAGAUACUGCCAUGUGAAAAAAGUUUAGAAAAUAAUUAAAAAAAAUUGACACUUGGCAAAAAAUUUAAAAAGAAUUUAAAAACAAUAAUUUUAUUUCCUAUAUUUUUUCAAUCCAAAUAUUCAACUACCUAUAUUCCUAUUUUUUUCUCAAAAACCCACUCCACGUUAACUUACAUAUUUUAAAACUGUUUUUUUUGUAUAAAACUGUUUUCUUCAUCUCUAAUAUAAAUUAAAUUAUUGUCUUCUCUAAAUUGUAUCUACGAAAUCAUCAGAGGUGAGACUCUAAAUUUUGACACAUGGAGAUCAAGGUUAAUCUUCUAAAUUGUACUCAGGGCUAAGCUUUACAUAGAACAAACACUCACUGCAUUGGUGCAUCGUGUCUACACACUACACCACAUCAUCAAAAGGAAAAAGUAAGUGUUCCAUUGUUAUCAAUCUUAAGUUUUUCUGCAACAAUAAUACAAAGUUCACGUUUUACGAAGAAUUACGUUUACCGUGCAGCAACAAUUACGUUCUUUUACGUCUUUGCUAUAAAUGGAGAGAACAAAUGUGAAAAAGUUCAUAAAGAAGCUACACAUGAAUUUUAGUGUAACCAAAAAACUCUUCUGUAAGUUUAUGCUUUUCUAUCAAUUUCUUAGAAUAAUUCUUUUCUUAUCCUCUAAUACAUAAUCAUUUCUGUAUUUCUGCUAUAGGUUGAAGAUGCCACUGGAAUAUCAUGCCAACUCAAAAGAAUGGAAAAUUAGAGUACUGGUCUCUCGGAUGUGUGGGUAAAAAGGUACACACACUAUGAUUUCUAAAAUUAAGUUUCGUAUGAAGUUGAUGAGUAUUUGGGUAAAUAGUAGUUUAUUUUCUAAAAAUAGGUUGUAGACUCCUGAAAUAUUGAUAUGUUUAGUUGUAUAAAUAUUUUAAUUACACAAAUUUGUUCUCAUGUUAACAUUAGGAAAACUUUGGUUGUACUUUAAUUCAGUGAUUUUAGUUAUAGUGAUAGAUUUUUUGUACUCUUGAAAUCCAAAGUCUGCAUCAAAUAUCGAAAACAUUGUUUUAACACAGAAGCUAUAAACUCUACUUUAAAUUUAAUUGUGUGACUGGAAAUCUAAUCGCUAUAGGUGAAUUUGCGAUUUGAAAGCAUUAUUUGUAACGUUGACAAAAAAAAAAUAGCAUUAUUUGUAACAAUAACUAGAUCAAAGAUGACUAUAAAAUAGUGAAAAAGGUGUGUCAAUAUUUAACGAGAAAUAAAAUAGAGAUAAAAGAAGGAGAAUACUUGCAACCAUUAAAAAUAUUUCGGGAUUGUGGAGCUUAGAUGAUGAUGAACACCAUAGAAAAAUAGUGAAGAAAUAUCUCAAUCCCUGCUAUCAUCAAAAUAUGUAUCUUAUUUUUAAUAAAUGAUUUUUUUCUAUGUCAUAAUUUUUCAGAAUUUUUUUUUUCAGAUUACUUAUAGUAAUAUAUUCAAAAUAA